AUGGGUGAAGGCAGAGUGGUGCACUUCACUGGCCCGUCGUCUUCGUCGUUUUCGUCUUCGUCGUCGUCGUCGUCGUCUUCGGCUUCGAUUAGAAAAGUCUGCUCAUCUUGUGAGAUGUUUGAGCAUAGUGAUCGUGACAGUGGAGUCAUCGUAUCGUGUCUCGAUUGCUUCCUUGACUCGGGAUGGCUGCGCCGUUACGAGUAUGGCGUUGGCAAGAAGGUGUACUGGCUGAGACGCCGAGGGACUUGCAACACCGCAGAAUCCAGUGCGGCGGUGGUGGUGCUGGAGAGGGCUGAGUCCCUGCUUGCAAAUAAUGGAUUCGGGAAGUAUAAUGUGUUGAAAACUAACUGUGAAGAUUUUGCAACCUUCUGCAAAACUGGGCAAGGCUGCGACCGUAAUGGGACGGCGCGUGGCUAUGGUCAAGCCUCCGUCGUCCCUACGGCUUGA